GUCGCCAACAAACGGCUGAGCUCACAAUCCCGGCAGGGCCAGGCCGAGGCGCCCCCCUCCCCCCUAUGGAGCGAGCCAGGCCGGAGCCGCCGCCUCAGCCGCGCCAACUGCCACGGGCGACCCCACCUCGCCGGUUGCGCCCCGCUCCGCCCCCGCUGCCGGUCGAGGGCACUGCCUUUAGGGCGGCGGCCGCCAUUGCGACGGUGGCCUAGUCGUGCGGAGAGGCCCCGGCGUCGGGCGUCCAGUCCACCGCACGGCGGCUGCUUCAGGUGAAGCCGGAACAGGUGUUAUUGCUACCGCCCGGGCCACUACUGCCUCAGGCCCAGGACGAAGGUGCAGCCGUCUCGCCCGCGCAGGCGCAGCUGCUGCCGCUGAGGUCCGAGCUGCUGCUGUUGCCGCCUCCUCCGGCGUCCGAGGGCGCCCCCUGCAGGCCCGAGCUGCGUCCGGUGCAGCCGCGGGCGCUGCAGGUCAAGGCGGAGAAGCAGGAGCUGGGACCCGCCUUGGACCCGUCGACUGGCCCUCGGAGGGCGGUCGAGGCGGGCCCUAGAGCUUGCAGAGCGGCCAAAGUGGAAGGCCCCGGGCCGGCCCUCGACAGCCGCCGAGGAGACGAGAAGAAGGGCAAGCUGGAGGCCGAGGAGGUCAUGAGGGAUGCAGCAAAAGGCAGGGAAGGCAAAAGCCUGACGGCUGUCGGAGAAGGAGUCAUCAAAACUGAGGAGCCCGAGAGACUCUCGGAGGACUGCAGGCUAGGCGCGGAGCCGGCCUCCAGUGGCUUGGGCCAUGGCAGCAAGGAGGUCAUCCUAGCCCAGCCGUCUAGUGCUUUUGGGCCGCACCAGCAAGACCUCAGGAUCCCUUUGACUCUCCACACUGUCCCCCCGGGGGCCCGGAUCCAAUUUCAGGGACCUCCACCUUCUGAGCUGAUAAGGUUGACCAAAGUUCCCCUGACACCAGUGCCUAUUAAAAUGCAAUCCUUAUUGGAGCCUUCUGUAAAAAUUGAAACCAAAGAUGUCCCGCUCACCGUGCUUCCCUCAGAUGCAGGAAUACCAGAUACUCCCUUCAGUAAGGACAGAAAUGGUCACGUGAAGCGACCCAUGAAUGCAUUUAUGGUUUGGGCAAGGAUCCACCGUUCAGCACUAGCCAAAGCUAACCCAGCGGCCAACAAUGCAGAAAUCAGUGUCCAGCUCGGGUUAGAGUGGAACAAACUUAGUGAAGAACAAAAGAAACCUUAUUAUGAUGAAGCACAAAAGAUUAAAGAAAAGCACAGAGAGGAAUUUCCUGGUUGGGUUUAUCAGCCUCGUCCAGGGAAGCGAAAACGCUUCCCUCUAAGUGUUUCCAAUGUAUUUUCUGGUACCACACAGAAUAUUAUCUCUACAAAUCCUACAACAAUUUAUCCUUAUCGCUCACCUACCUACUCUGUGGUAAUUCCCAGCCUACAGAACACCAUCACUCAUCCAGUUGGUGAAGCCCCACCUGCCAUCCAACUGCCCACACCUGCAGUCCAGCGCCCAAGCCCCAUCACACUUUUCCAGCCCAGCGUCUCCAGUACUGCCCAGGUAGCCGUCCAGGCUCCAAGUCUGCCACUUCGCCCAGCACUCCCUCCUCAACGCUUUGCUGGGCCUUCCCAAACUGACACUAAUCAGCUACCUUCUGGAGCCAAUCACUCUGUGAAGAGACCUACUCCUGUCUCUCUGGAGAGCACCAGCAGGAUUCCAACUAGUGCAAGUACAGCCCAUGCCAGAUUUGCAACCUCAACCAUCCAACCUCCCAAGGAGUAUUCCAGCAUUUCCACUUGUCCCAGAAGUGCUCCAAUCCCCCAUGCUCCUCCCCUUCCACACUCACAUGUCUACCAGCCUCCUCCCCUUGGCCAUCCAGCCACACUGUUUGGGACACCUCUACGAUUCUCUUUCCAUCACCCUUACUUCCUACCUGGACCUCACUACUUCCCAUCAAGCACAUGUCCUUACAGUCGGCCUCCCUUUGGCUAUGGGAAUUUUCCAAGCUCAAUGCCAGAAUGCCUUGGUUAUUAUGAAGACAAGUACCAAAAACACGAGGCUAUGUUUUCAGCUUUAAAUAGAGACUACCCUUUCAGAGACUACCCAGACGAUCGCACACACAAUGAAGAUUCUCCGGGUUGUGAGAGCAUGGAUGGGACCUCUUACUAUAACAGCCACAGUGGGGAAGAAUACUUAAAUCCCAUACCCCAGCUGGACAUUGAGGCUUUGGAGAACGUCUUCACAGCUCCCACCUCAACUCCCUCUAGUAUCCAGCAAGUCAACGUGACUGACAGCGAUGAGGAGGAAGAAGAAAAAGUGCUCAGGAAUUUAUAAUUUUAAAACAAAUAUGCACAGAAAAUAAACAUUUCUUAAAAUAUACUCUGGGUCAGUUGGUGUGAGAAAAAAAGCCUAGAAUCCUUUGCUGAGAGUUUUCAGCCAUGAUUCGAGGAGUCAAAACCAAAUUCUAUUCAUGUCUUCAUAAAAUGUUGAUUAAUGAAACUGGAGUCCUGAUGUUUCAUCGUAGGAAUAUUUAAAAUAUGAAGCAGAUUGCUUUUAUGGCUGAAAUUUGCACCAACAUGUUAUCAUUACUUUAUGUUGGCAUGUACAAAAUACAGAAACCUCACAAUUGUGUGUGAGGAGAAAGGUAGUAUAUAUCUGGCAUAAGAAGUGUGAUUUGCAUUUUAUCUCAGGAUACAUAAAUAUUCUUAAAUAAUUUUUGUUUGGUGUUUAUAUAAUACUUAUAUUGUCAGUUUUUAUGUAACAUUUUGAAAAUAUUUUGAUAACUUUUAGAAGUGAAUUGGGACUCAGUUACUAAUUUACACCAAUAACCAAUUAUAAGUUGCAAAUGUGUUUUAAUGGCACCUGGGUAAUUCUUUCAGCUAUAUUUAGUCAUUGCUGUCCCUAAACGUUUUUAUCAUCAUUUUAAAAUAUAUUUUUUUCCAUUUGGUAUGCAUUGUUGUAUUUUUGUUAUAAUUAAAUAAACAUAGAUAAAAUUGUUCUUGAUGGAUGUUUUCUGUUUGGAUGAUAGAAAUAAGUAUAAUGAAUAUUGUUCAUUUAAGAUUAUUUUUCAUACCACAUACAGAUAUUUAUUUUUGUUUAAUGGCUUUUAGAAUUGUACAGAAUCCCAUUAUCUUACAUGAGAAUUGAUAUUGUAUUAAUAAGAUGUGCACAUACUUAUAUUAUUUCAAAACUGUUUAUACAUGUGUACAUGUAACUUAAACACUCCUAUGAAGGGGCAAUGGUUCCAGAUUUGGUUCAAGCAACUGUCUUGAAAACCAUGAGUUUACUCAAAAGCAUGUGGAAUUUAUUUAAUCCACAAUACACAAAAGCCCCUACUUAUUAAUCCCUGCUAUGGGCAAAUGCCCAAUUAUAGAUAGCAAAGACCUUUUGGAAUGGGAUCAGGACCACCAGAGAUGGGAUCAUGGUAAAAGACAGAUCUAGAGGGCACAAAGUGAGUUGAUGAUGGAUAAUUGCCAUAAAUCAGUACACUUUUCCCUCAGUGAUCAGUAUAAUUUGUGUAAAUUGAGGUCUUGUUACUAAACUGGUUGGAAAUUGUGUAUAGAAAACUGUUUUAAGCUUCCAACUUCUUCCUUUACGAAACCUGCAUUUGUUUCUUAAACAAAGGUUGUUAAUGUGAUACAUUUCAUCAACCCUAUUCUGACUGUACAUAACAUUUUCACUCCCAAUAAAAUUUUUUAUUUUCAUGUUUUAUAUUUUUGUUAUCACUCAACCCAAUGCCAUUUUGAUGUGGUUAAAGAGCAAAACAUGAAUUUCUUGCUUGGUAGAGACUAAACAUUAUAUCAUUUCACAUCCGAACUAGAGCAACAUUGGUUGUAUAUACAUUUAAUGUCUAUACCUUAGGAGUGAUGUAUGCAACAAUUUGACCCAUUUUGCCAGAUCUCAUUUUAAUAACACCUAUGUAAUUAAACUAGGUCUUCAUCAUAGACCUUAUUCUUACAGAAAAAUUGGUUGGGAGAAUCACUGUGUAAAGUAGUGGAAUGAUAAUAGAGCAUAGUUCAGUAUUUCUACCUGUUUUCAGGGUAGUCUUCCCCAGUCUUUUCUCUUAAUGGCUGGACAUUUCUUUUAAUCUUCUCCUUUUUCUUUAGUGCUGGGAUCAGAAGUCAGGAAUUUAGAAUAUUUAUAGAUCCAUGGUAUAAUUUGGGUUAGGAAAUAUGCUUAUCUCUUAUUUAGAAAAGUGCCCAAUUGUAGAUAAGCAUGCAUAACUACAUAUAUACUCCCUUAUAGCUCUUCAAAUCACUGACUAAAGAACUACAGACUAAACAAAGCCCUGCCCCGUUGGCAAUAAUUGAUCUGCCUCUCCAAGUCAUCAAAGGGAAAAUGUUUUGAUCUGGAAGCCACAAGUACAUUGUAAUAGGUCUCAUUGCCUUGUUUGUUCUUAUUAUGAAUUGGAGUUCAUGAUUUGUUAUAAGAAUAGUUUCCCUUUCAAAGUAUGUUGCAACGUCAAUAUGUUUAGGAUGUCACUCAAACUGUUCCAUGCUUUUGACAUAACUGUUCUAGUCAUUUGCAAAUAAAAAUAACCAGUUUGACAGCAAAUAGAUUGAAAAUAUGUUUAGUUCCAACUUUCAAGGAGCUGAGUUAUCAGACUUAGAAAGGCAAGAGAUAUGUUUCUCCAUGUGUGUUAGUUAGAACCCAAGCCAUUCAGAUAUUCUGACAAAAUCUGGUCAAAGAAGUUUUGGAAACUCAUACCAUUCCCUGCUACCUUGGAGAAUGUUAACAUUCAUCUCCAUUGUAAUGUCUCAAAAGUAUAGCUGUAAAGACCUCUGCUUGUCUCUGUGUUUCCCCAGUGCAUGAGACCCCCACUCUUGUUUGUUUUCUUUUUAACAAUGCCUACUAACAUCUCAUGGAAUACACUUUGGAAAAUGCUAAUACAGUAAGUAAUAUCUGGUGGCCUUGUUUUAAAAAUUGUUGACUUUACAUAUGGUUUUCUGCAUUGGUUACCUCAAAUCCUUUACUGAAAGAAAACAGUAGCU